AUGCUCUGAGGCAUUGCCCUGACUUGGCUCUUGGCUCUGAGCAUCUCGUGCAAAAUGGAGUAGGCCGUCGUCACACCCACUGCGUCAUGCCGAUCCGGGGCGUGUAGCUGGUUCAUGUAGUGCAAGUUUGUAUUUCGCGGCUUCACCACAGGUGUUCUGUGACUUCACGUUUCAUACUACAAGCACUACAGAUGCCAACUGACAAUGAAGUUCCGUCGUGCUUUGCGCUCUUGAAGUUGCAUUUAUAUUCGUCGGACUUGGCUGCGGUUGAAGAUCCGCGCCUCGACUGUGCGAGCUUCGCAGAUGCCGAAGAUGCACCCUUCUCAAGAUGAUAGCGCGGAAGUCAGAAAAUGCGACCGGUGUGUCGAAUCACUCAUUUCUGUAGACUUGUGGCGCCUCAUGUGAUUGCACGUGUUCAAAUGAACGCCACGGGAUGUUCGUUUCAAUUAUUCGCACCCUACAUCAGCGCAACGUCGAUUGAAAAAUGCCGGUCAAGCUGUAGUCGGCGUACUGGAACGAAAACUAGCGCUAUACAGACACAAAAACCAGUUGUGCAUACACACCGAUAGCGCUCACACAGGCCAGAGACAGCCCACCAUGAGCGGUUGGAUGAAAAUGCCAGAACUACCGUAUGUUAACAGUCUUAUCCCUUCAAAGCAAAACUGAUUUCUUCGUGUGGGGCCAUAUAUACUUCACUGCAGCGGAAAACGGGAAGAAGCUAACAUGUACACCAAGCAAUGGUGCAUUCUCUGGUUCGUCGCGAUCACCUAUAUGAUCGGGCUGGCUCUAUUCGGGUGUGGCUUCUUCGGUGUUGUAAAGAAACCGGCAGGACACUCGUCCGCAGAGGAAGUAAAUUAUCCUUAUGAAUUAUGCGGAAUAUCUGAAGCCGCCAAGCCGGCGACAGCAAUUGCCGCUAAACCGAAGCUUAAGUUGGUGUUCGUUCUAAUCGACGCGCUCCGGCUAGACUUUGUUGCAUCGCGCCCCAACUCCAUGCCCUUCGUCGCUUCCCUGCUUCGAAGCAACGGAGCGGCACUGUACCGCUGUCAGGGUUACUCGCCCACUGUGACGCUGCCGCGCAUCAAGACGCUGCUGACCGGCACGGUGCCAGGCUUCGGCGACGUUGUGCUCAACCUGAACGCAGCUGUCAUCAGCGAGGACAACUGGGUGUACCAGGCGCGCACUGCAGGCCUUCGCGUCGACUUUUACGGCGACGACACCUGGCUAAAGAUACUACCUGGCCACUUCGAUCGUCAUGACGGCACCACGUCCUUCUUCGUCUCGGACUACACCGAGGUGGACUGGAAUGUGUCGCGGCACGUGCCAUCCGAGAUGGAGGCUCGUGACUGGGACGUCCUCGUCCUGCAUUAUUUGGGACUCGACCACAUCGGCCACUCCCACGGCCCGUCGUCACCACUCGUCGACCGCAAGCUCGCCGAGAUGGAUGAUAUAUUGUCUGUGAUACAUGCGUCCUUGAGCAAAAGGACAGACGAGAGCCACCUCAUUUUGGUUACGGGAGACCACGGCAUGACCACAGCGGGAAACCAUGGCGGCAGCUCCGAACUUGAAGUUAUGACUCCACUUAUACUGAUCCCAACGCGUGGAUGGACGCUUGACCCCUGGCAGACGGCAGCCCCAGAAACAGUGGCUCAGGUAGACGUCGCUCCUACACUGAGCCUUCUCAUGGGUCUUCCUAUUCCAAAGGGCAGCUUUGGAAUCGCCAUGCCAGCUGUCCUUGGUGCUGCCAACUACACAACUGCGGAGAGACUGUUUCUCCUACAGUACAAUCUGCAGCAGUUGCUUACUGUGUAUCAAACAGAGUUUGGAAGUGACAGCAAGCUUUUUGUGCAGGCUAAGGAAGCCUUAUGCACAUUCCUUAAUGUAACUUACAGUAACCAGAACAGCACUCGGGAAGAAGCUGCAGCAAGACAAUCAUUGUUCUUGAACAUUAUGUCUGAGAUUCAGAGUGCCCUUCUAAGUGCCAGUACCGUGGUUGAUAUGACGCUUGUGGGGACUGGCAUAUCCGUCUCACUGAAAGGUUCACUGACAUUAUUCAUGAUGAUGUUGUCUGUGGUUCAGGGCUAUAGCCAUCGUAUUCCCCAGAUACGUCAGACUGCCUUUGUCCUAAGUGCAAUGCUAGCCUUCUUCGAGUACUCCACAUUGUGUGCCUUCUUCCCAUCCAGUCAGAGCUGUAGUAACGGUACCUGGUCAGGCCUUCUGUCACUGCUCUCAGCCACAGUUACGGCCCUGACAACUUCAUUCUUAUUCUGGCCUUUUCACCGUCUCGAGAUUCCAGAGUUCCCACAGCUAUUCAUUCUUGCUUGUACGAUCCUUCAUGGAAUCAGCUUUGUGUCUUCCAGUUUUAUUGAGGAAGAACACCUUACAUGGUACUUUGUCACAGCGACUGUUGUCUUGAUUCUGUGCUUCUAUUACUCUCGCCUCAGUGUACAUAGCCCACUGCUCACUUUCAGAAAGGGCUUUAACGUCAUGGCUCUUCUCAGGGUACUCCGCUCGUGGAACAGUACUGGUGACAAGUGGGCCCACGUUCCCGACAUAGGAGACUGGCUUGGCGAGAGCAGCCGUCGUCACAUACUGGCAUUUCUCAUUCUUGCGGGUAUAGUGGCAGUCAUCCUGACAUCUGUGCGCCAAGGAAAGCAGUUCUCUUCAUUCCUCCUCUACCUCGCACUGUUAGACCUGUGCCUGUACAAGAUGAAGCUUAUAUAUUACGGUGAUGCCGAAGGCGUUGAAAACUUCUACUGGUACCUGCCCCUUCUGGUGGUCCUUGGCGUCUUCCAGCAGUACCGCUCGGGCAACGUCUGCGACUUUCUGAUAGCUGUGAUUCAGUCAUGGGUUCUUCUCUGCCUGCUCCUCCAUGUGCCUCAGAAUGUCCCCAUGUUUGCACUUGUCAUUGUCCUGGAGAAUGCUGUUAACAAUCUGUUAAGCGAGCUUCCCUUGACUGCGAUCUACAGAGCACUGCUGUACCUUUGGUUUGGCAUGUGCUGCCACUUUCAUCAGGGAAACUCCAACAAGCUGUCCACUAUAAGCGUUUCAGCUGGCUAUGUUGGAGUGGGCAGUUAUAAUCCACUUCUAGUUGGUCUCCUGAUGGUAUCUCAUACGUACAGUAGUCUCAUCUUCUGGUUGCUUAUGUUCUGGAAGUGGUUCAUGCAGCCCCAAAAUCAAGACCUUAAGCGGGACCAUGGUAGGACACGGCUACUGGUGUGUUGCAUGUUCUUGUUGGCCAAGUUAGCCACCACUGCCUGGUACUUGGUGUUGAUGGUGAUCCAGAGGUAUCACCUCUUUGUGCUGACUGUGUUCAGCCCAAAGCUCAUAUAUGAAGCAGCACAUACCAUAGUGGUUCUUGUCAUUACUUUUGUAACAGCUGUGCUGCUUUGUUGAGCAGAGCUGUCACCGUCUAAGACAUGUCAAGGUUUGAAAGUGCUGGCUCUUCAGCCUCUCCACCCGCUGCUACUAUUCUAGUCAAUCCUGGCACAAUAUAAGACAAGCUUCCUUCAACUUGUACUAUGCACAUGUAUUUACUAAGGUCCCCAGGAUUUACAACUUACGGUCACAAGGCUGUGUAAAGCUUAAUCAAACUUAUGUGUGCUGAUGUGGAUCACACCUUUCACGAGUUCUUUCCCAUUAGUUUGUUUUACAGAAACAUAGUGAGUUGUCAAGAUAAUGCUAGUUGUUCCAAAUGACUCUCACCAUUGUCUUGGCUGAAAAUUAAGAUCUGUGAAUUUGAAAGUGUGUUGUCUACUAACCCACUACCCCGAAUUUCAGGGGUAAUUUAAUAUCGGGGUUCUGAAUCGUGAAAUGUUUCUGUAGUGUAGUUACACAUACUGCCUAUGCAAAUUGUGAUGAUACACAGAUAGUGAUGACAUGCAUUUUCUCAUGCAAUAUUUCCUUGUUAGUGAUUCUGCCUUGCAUUUGACAGAUUUAGAAGCCCUUGGAAGGAAAAUAUAUGAAUAAAAGCUUCCACAAA